AUGCCGCCAACCUUCUCAUUCCGCGACUCUCUUGAUGAACCGCCUCAGAUCACUCUUGGGAGAAAGGCUUGGCAAUGGUACACGUUAUGGGCCAAAACGUCCAAAAACAAGGCCACGGAGCAAGAUCUUUGGAAAUGGGUCAUAAAUGAAAUCGGUCCAGGUCGUGGGCACAAGAGUGUUUCUCGGGAGCAGAGGGAACAAGCGAGUUGGAAGUGUCCCAUCAGUUACCCGCCCGGAUCCAAGGGCUACGAGUUUCUGCAGCAACACAUCGCCUUGCAAUUCGAGAAGUGGUUCAUCACCAAGGAACGCUGGAAGGUUCCCGUCCUUUCAUCGUCACAAGCAGAGCCGCUCUCUAUUCAAAUUCGCUGUUCGAUUUCCAACAUCUUGAACGGCGGCUCGUGGAUUAUGGACCACAACAAUGGUGGCUCGGUCCAUUCCACCGCUUCCCAGGAGAUUACACCAGAGCCCUGCACCGACUCCGAACAUUUCAUUCGCACCUCGUUGUACCCAGCCUGGAAGGCUGUUUGCGACUUUCAUAAAUGGGCUCCGGCCAAUAUUUUCUGCUUCGACCUGCCAUACAAUUACUCCCACCUGGCUUUUGAGAUUGUUGAUGCCAUGGCCAGCUGUCAAUGCCCACAUACAACGUUUCGCUUGGUGCUGGACAGCUCCAAGUACACCGAGCAACAAGCUGUUGAGCUUUUGACAACCGAACGACCACUGGCUGCGGACAAGGAGCUAGUUGUCGAAGUGACAGAUGGAAGUGUUGAGGCUCGGACCACUCUCAUUCAGCAAGUUGGCGAUUCGACAUUGAUCAUUGAUGGAACCAACAACUCCUGCAUCCUGCAAGCUAUUCGCGACCCUGUUAUCCACUUCUUUCUUACUGGGAAGAAGGGCGACGCACCCAAACCAUGGGGCAUCUUUAAGUUCAUCGUGAACUGGGACGACAGAGGCUUCUACGAGCGCGCCGCCGAAGCGACCAAGGCCAUACCAAAGGUGCCGUCUUUGCCUGUCAAGUCAGAUCAAUCUGAUACCUCGGUCGGCGAUCUCUUCGAUGAUGACCGCUUCAAGUUCAUGUUGGCCCUAUGGCGUGAAAGGAAGCGGCCGAUCGAUGACAUUGUGCGAGACCACUUUCCAGAUUUUGAGAUGGAGCCUGGUUUUCGCCUGCCGGAGGAAGCAAGACUAGACUUGUUGGAGGCACUACUGGAUGAAGAUUUGAGUGAUGUCUUUGUGAUUCUCGACGACUUUUAUUCGGGCAUGCAGUUCAUCUACAGCGAAUUUGAUGUUGACGCCCGAUGGAAAGAGGUCCUAGAACGCAUGAAGGGCCUUGAAGAGUCGAUUUUCGGAAGCGGCUUGAAGGGUGGAAUGCGAGGUUCCGAUUCUGCCACAUUCACGCCCCAACAUUCUUCCAACACGCAAGUUUCCUUGAAGUGGGAUGAUCCAGAGCUCAUUCGCAGCGAAGAUUUGGUGGAUCCAUUAGAACAAGGCGGCAUAGUGCUUGAGAACCACUUCGACAGGCGAUUUCCAGAUCUUUUCAUUGAUCUGGUAUAUGAUGUUCGAUAUCGGUGGAUGGAUCCUGGAUUUGGUCAGAUCUUCAAUCCCACUCUUUACUUUUGCAAGCAUCGACCUACCGGAUCAAAGGACAAUAUGGCCAGCUCCAUGCCACGCUUCAAACAUCCUUCCUUUGAUGUUGAAAGGAGACAUUUGCAUGAUUUGAAGCGUUUGGCAACGACGAAACCUGAUUCAACCAUAGAUGAUGGCGGGCGUACCGUUUCCCCGCCCUCGAAAUUCGAACCCGAUUGUUCUUCGAGAGUUCACACCCCCUCAAAGGCUUCGUCUUUAGAGUCACAGCCCCUUAGCCCGGGAUGGGUGCCUUUUGGGCACAAGAGAGCCUGGAAGGCUUCAAUUCUUGAUCAGAACUAA